AUGGGGGCAGGCAGCACCUGGGGAAAACGACGCUAUCGACUGGAGGCCCCCGCCAGCCACGACUGGUCACCCGCAGAGGAGGAGGAGAAGGAGGAGGACGACGACGACGACGACGAUGAGGAUGGCGGCGCUGGUGGCAGGGACCGGCGUCCCUCCUUUGCGCUCCCGGCUGGGGCCGCGAUCGUGGCGCUGGGGCCAGCCAGCCGCCUCCCCCGAGGGGUCUCGCCGGUGCGGAGCUUGGUCCCUGCGGCUUCCGCCCCUGUUGCGCCCGGAGCUCAGCCACAGAUGUCCAGCCACAAUUCUCGGUUGGCCGCAGACUCGUACAAGAAUUGCGUUUGGACAAUCAGUGGCGAAGCCCCCGAGUUCGGGGCCCCGGUUUCCUGCGUGCGGGGUUCCGCUUGGCUCCUUAAAAGCGCCGGACCAGGAGAUCUCCGGAGCUGCGCGUCCGACUACCUCGCAGACGCUCAGCGGUCGCGGCCCAUCCCCGCGGAUUGCUAUCAUCAGUUUGUCUGUUCUCACCAGACAAGUGGAUCCUACUACUCUUGCCUCUGGAGCCUAGCACAGUGCCGCCCCCCACACACCACGCCCAUCACUGAGUGUCCAUUAUUAUCUGCUGCUGGCUUAAACGUGAAUCACCUAUGCCUCUUGGAGUUUCUUCCAAGAAGUUGAAAAAAAAAUAUGGCUUCUGGGGAGCAGUACUUCAAGUCAGGGUUUCAUGGAGAGAGAACCCUGCUAACCAGGUCCCAACUCUCGGGACGAACCAUCUAAUAAUAAUAAUAAUAAUAAUAAUAGCCACAACAAAUACUUGAAGUGCCAAGAACUAAGCGCUUUGAAGGCAGUAGCCUGUGGACUGUCCUGAGAAGUGGAUACUGUUAGCAGCCCCACUUUACAGAUGAAGAAACUGAGACCAGAGGCAGUGAAGUUCGUAGCCGCUAGCCAGCAGGCGACCAAGCCAGAGCUGGAACUCAUUGGCCGCUGGUUUCCAGCUUUCACUCAGCGGGGCAGAGAUACUGACGGGACUUGUGGAAAGGGGCACAGGCAAAGUGGUAGGACCCAGGAGACACCCACGUCUUAGAAAUCCAGUCCCAGACCUGGUCCAGUCUGACAAGAACACAACUUUGACGGAGCUGGCCAGAGUGGUCUCUGCACCCGUGCAGAACUCCCGGAACUCCCAGGGCCUCCUCCUCAGAAAGCCACAUUCUACAAUCUAAUCUACAUUUUCCACCUCCGGGGUAUGUCAGAGCUAUUUAAAGCCAUCAGUCCUGGGCAGAGAAGGGUCAGUUGGCCUCAUCCUCAUCCUCAGGGAAACUGAGGAGCCAGGAAGGGUCUUAUCACGCGAGUCAUUGGAAAGAUAUUUCUGGAAUGCCUACUGUGUGCUGGUCGGGGAUUCAGCCACGGGCAGUUUCCCCCCUAAGGCUGAUCUGGGAGAGGGAAAGGGGGGAGGAGACCCCAGCCCCCCUAGAGUGGGGAGUCAGGUGAAGGCAGUGGGCCGCUGAGGCGGGCACUGUUCCAGGCAGAGGGCAUGGCACGCCCCAAAGCUGACAAGCAAGAAAGAACUGGGAGAGUGGGAAGGGAAGCCAUUCAGCGUGGCUGGAGCUUGGAGAGGAAGAGGAAGUGCCAGAUAAAGCUGGGGUUGACCCUGCCGGGCCCUGUCGGACACUGGAGGAUUUGUGAUUUUAUCCUAAACACAGUGGGGAUCCUGGAGGGUCUGACAAGUUCAGAUUUACAUUUUUAAAGGUUUGCUGAGGCUGUUGUGUCAAGAAUGGGGGUGGGGCAGGGGAUGGGGCAAGCUGGAUGUCAGGAGACCCAUUGAGCUACUUACUACUGCUGUUUUGCAGGUGACAGCUGGUGGUGGCCUGGGAUUAGAAGAUGGCAGAGCAGGGUCCCAAACUGUGUUCUUGACAAGCAGGUGACCUCAGGAAGGUCACCUGGCAAUGAAUAAUAUUUAGUGGCUAUCUGAGGUGUACUCUGUGCUGGAGGCUGGGGGGAGGGCAAAGAGAAAGAUGAACCAUCUGCUGUUGCCUCUCCAGAAGUAUCCAUCCAGGGGACAAGGGGACAGGUGUACAGCCAGCCAGCCAGCCAGCCCCCGUGAAAGGAGCAGGAAAACUCUCUAACUGAAAUAUUAGCAGAGUUAUUGGAGAUUAUAGAAGACCAAACAGUUCAUUCCAACAGGACCUGAGGAAUCUUCUGGAAGAGGCAGCAUUACCUUGGGCAAGUGAAUACCAAUAGACUGAACUCAACUCUAGUUAUUACCUCUGUGAAAUGGGGCCAUUAGGCCUGUCCUGCCUCCUUAGAGACGGUUGUGGUGUUGGGAGGAUCCAAACACAUACCUGGCGUUUGCUCACAGUAAGAUUUUAUCACUGCCUUCUAACACACACACACCCACACACACCCACCCACACGCACACACAUGGAUAUUAGUUCAGGCUCAGCAUUCAGCUGCUGUAACUUCUGCUCUACCUUCUGCCUUAUUAAGACCAACACAGGGGCGCCUGUGUGGCUCAGUCUGUUGGGCGUCUGCCUUCGGCUUAGGUCGUGAUCCCAGAGUCCUGGGAUCAAGCCCCGUGUCGGGCUCCCUACUUGGCAGGGAG